ACUGGAUAGCUGGACUGGGGACUCGGGAUCCCGCCGCUGGGGCCUCAGAAUGGGGCGCUUCCGCGGGGGCCUGCGGUGCAUCAAGUACCUGCUGCUCGGCUUCAACCUGCUCUUCUGGCUGGCAGGGUCGUCUGUCAUCGCUUUCGGACUAUGGUUUCGGUUCGGCGGCACCAUGAAGGAUUUCUCCUCGGAGGACAAGUCCCCAGAGUACUUCUACGUGGGGCUCUACUUGCUGGUCGGCGCAGGGGCCCUGAUGAUGGCCGUGGGCUUCUUCGGCUGCUGCGGAGCCAUGCGGGAGUCGCAGUGCGUGCUCGGAUCUUUUUUCACCUGCCUACUGGUGAUAUUUGCUGCUGAAGUAACCACUGGAGUGUUUGCCUUCAUAGGCAAGAGUGUAGCGAUACGACAUGUCCAGACCAUGUACGAAGAGGCUUAUAACGGUUACCUGAAAGACAAGGGGAGGGGAAAUGGGACUCUCAUUACCUUCCACUCAACAUUUCAGUGCUGUGGAAAGGAAAGCUCCGAACAGGUCCAACCCACAUGCCCGAAGGAGCUUCCAGGACCCAAGAAUUGCAUUGAUGAAAUUGAGACUGUAAUCAGCGUUAAGCUCCAGCUCAUCGGAAUUGUUGGUAUUGGAGUUGCAGGUCUGACGAUCCUCGGCAUGAUAUUCAGCAUGGUCCUUUGCUGUGCAAUACGAAACUCCAGAGAUGUGAUAUGAAGCUACUUGUGCAAGAAAAAUGCAACCUAGAGCUUUCAUAUAAACGUCACAGGAGCUGUCUCCUGGCUCAUUUUUAAUAUUCAAAGGACAUUAGGAUUUAAAUACCUUUCUGUCAGUUGUACAUUUGCACAUGUAUGUACGUACGUUUGGCUCAUUACUGACUUGCCCCUCGGGUGAAUGCCUGUGUAUGUUGACUGAGAGCAUAUUUGUGUGUAAUUUGUGUGAUUCCAGUGUAUGCAUUACACAGAAUGAAACUGGUUUGCUGGAAAUUCCUGAUUUGCUAUAUAGUGAAAGGAACAAGUUAUUAAAUAUUUAAGUCUAAGAAAAAGAUAAAAAACAUUGAUAAACUUAAGUAAUAAUGGAUGGGUUUCUCAGAGUCUAGCCACAGAAAGCUAGGUGCAGAGAAUUCAGGGAUCCCUCAUCAACAGAAGCAAUAAACCGCAGGAAUGGAGAGAUCGAGGUGCAGUGUUAAAAUUGACUAGGUCUGAGGAGAGUGGAAGGGUUCCUAGGAUUUUUUUUAUAUACAUGCUCUCCCCAGAAUACAGUAAACCACAGUUUUAGACCUAAAUACAUCUGUACAACUAAACAUAGCAUGGAAAAUCUAAUUUGAAUAAGUCAUACUUUCCUAGUAUUUAAAAACAAAAAAAAACCUCCCUCUGGAAAGAGGGUCACACAGACAAUCAUGUGUCCUGUAAAAGUGACUGUUGUAAGGACUAAAAAAGAAAAAGCCUUUUAACAACUUUUUAAGGAAAUAUUUUUGUUCUUACAUAAAGGUGUUUCAAUAUUGCUUUAUUACUUUCUUUUUCUGAUGCUACGCUCAACUUUUGCAACCCUCACAGCCACAAAAGGGCUUUUAUCUCAGACUUCUCUGUAUUUCCCCAAAUGUAAGGAUGGGAAGACUAAAGUAAGAGAUCUGGCAACUGUAAAUUGUGGGAAAGAGAAUUUUUACGGGCACUGUGUCUUUAAAAUACCUCAUUACUUGAGUUUACAUAUCUUCCUAAUUUUUUGUAUUUUUCUUAUUUAUUCACCUAGAGAGUCCUUCUUUAUAGAUUAAAAACUACAGUUUUCACCACUUAAAAUAAAUAAAACAAAAUUCUUCAUAAGUCCAAUAUUAUAUCAUGAGCAUCCUUGACCAACCCAAAAGAAACAAAGAAAAGCCUCUUCUCCUGGUUGUCUGUGCACAGAGACAACUCAAGGAAACAAAAAGAGUUCCACACACACAACAGACACCCGUUUUUUACAGUGCACGUCCCCUAUAGAAAUAAAAUCUUCAUGUUCUAUUAUGGUCUUGAUGCUUCGUUUUAAGUAUGUGUAAACCCAAAUAUAGGAUCUAAAUGGACAUAUUUGCCUAUUUUUAAUAACUUGGUACAUUUAGUAAAUCAUGGAGUCCUUUCUUAUUAUUACAUUUGAAAUGGACACACACAAAAGUGAAAGUACGGGGACUUUGAAACCACCAAGCAGGUUUGUACACGUGUGGGAACGCAAGACUUUGGGUGUGCUCUUCCAAGAAAUUUUACAAACCAUUUUACUGAGAAGGCCUAACGGUUGGAAAUCGCCUCAGGCCUGUAGAGAAUGACAUUUCCCCUUCUGCCAUACUUGCUACUGCUACUAGGCCUUUCUGGGGGAGAAAAAAAAAAAGUCAGACUGGAAGCAAGCUGCAAGUUGAAUUGUGCAUAGCUGCUUUACUGUAUCUAAGAAAAUUGCUUCAUGAAAUAGCUGUUUAUACCCAGUAGUUGAGAAACACAACCUUUUCAGCAAAGAACAAACAGUCCAUGUCUUUGAUGGCUUUAUUCAUCUGUCUUCCUGAAGACGGGACACGCCCACGUGUACACUCAGGUUUCUUUCAGCUCAGACAGUGUCAACAGAAGUGAGUUUCAUUGUAUAUCUGAAUUAACAACCUUAAAAAAGACUACAACAGUUAAGUGCAGAAGAGCAGAGGUCUGUUCCAUACAUGAUUAAUGCACUCCUUUUGGAGUGAUUUUUCCAAAUUAUGUGCCAUGAGUAAAAUUGGAGAAUUCCACCUCUUAGUGAGG